AUGCUCGGACCAUUAGUAGACCACGCCAAAGACGCCGCUCGACAGUUUAAGAGCACUGCACUCGUGGAGGGUAAGAAGGCGCUCGAGACGGCCAAGAAAUACGCAGAGCUGCCUCCUCUUCGAGAUCGUCGACUGCUGCGUCAACAUGUCGCUCACGUGCUCGAAAUGGACGCAGAGACGCAAAAGUACUCUUCAAUCCGACAACGAGUUGUAGAGCAGUUUAACGAUGCCAAACAGACAGAAGAAGAGCUUCGUUUUGGACUAAAGAAGCGGAAUAAACGACAAGCUCCUCUUCUUAAUCGCUUCCAAGAGCUAAAAACCGAGGCAGAUAGAGUGCAACAAGUGCAGCGUAUGGAGGAGAUCGAGCAACGUAGAAAAGAACGCAGUGGCGAUGCGAUGCGAGCGUUAGGGCGGCGACAGACGACGUCUUCUAUUGGAGUCUUUGACACAGCGUUUGAGCCGGGAGAAUAUUACUCUGCGACCGAAGGAGGACAUCGGACGGGACUCGACGAAUACACAGUUGGCAUAUCCACCACACGGGGGGUUAGUAUCGAGAACGAGCAGAGGCGACUGCAACUGAUGGAGAUGCAGUCGAAAGUUACAAUGUUACGUAAGAAAUUAGAGCAAGUGGAGCAGGCGAAGAGCAAUCUGGGACUCGAUAUGAGAACUAUUCUGGAAAGAAAAGACCAUUUACUUCAGGAGAUGAAGCAGGUGCGAACGGAGCAGGACGAUCUGAACGAAGAACUUGCAGGUCCGCCACGACGAGACCCGUUGGAGCACGAGAAGCAGCGAAUUCACACUCUACUGACACGCAGAGCUGGCUACAUGAAGCAGCUUGGGGAUCUGGACUCUCGUAUCGCUCAAAUUUACAAGCGAACGGCAAUUAUCCAGCGAUCAGAGGCGUCAUUCCUGCCAAUGUUACGGGAAGCCAAGGCAAAAUGCAGUGAAAUCCAAGCACAAGUCGAUUGUAUCGAGAAUAAACGACGCGAUCUUCCAGUGGUGAUGGGUAAUGCCAUUUUCCAGUCUGAACAAAUGCAGAAUUACGCUGUAAAAGAUGCCGAACUUGAAGUUUCUAAAGUUUUUGUAGACCCUACAAAAAUGACGAAUCAAGUCACGAUGGAAAGCAAGUUUGAGAUCUUAAAGAGCGCCGUAACACCUGUGAACGAACACUACAAAAAGGCCAAAACGCAAGCUGUUGAAGCCUGGAAAGUGAGCGAGUUCCGAGCGUUGGCGGAGCAAGAUCUGGACAGUGCGAAAGUUCGGCUCGUCAAGAUCCGAGACCGCUUUGUGGACCUCCAAAACUCGGCACUACGCAGCGAUAUCGUCCAUGCAAUCCAGAAGUAUCAUGUAAACGGCAGCAAACUGCGUCAGUGUAUCUUCCCGUUGAAAGGCUCUAUUGACUGGUGGAGCCACAAAAUACCCAAGAAAUCCAUGGGCUUAACGUACUCCAUGGAACACAAUACUAUAACGCUAGCUGAAGAAGAGACGACAGGGAAGAUCACGGGAUGUGUGCAUCUGCCGAAGCGCUGCUUCUAUAGAAUCGACAUGAACGUCAGCAUCCAGAGGAUAAAUGGCGAACUUGAGUAUUCUCAAGAAAUGUUACAAGAUUCCGACAAAGUUACAGACGACUGGAAACUGUACAUCGGUCCGGAGAUGGAUUCUCUACAGCAUCAUACGUUUCGAGACAUCAGCGGCAAAAUUUUACGAACUGGAGACAUGAGUUUCGAUUUUUCAGGAACUCGCCUUUGCUUCAGCUUGGAGAUCUCCCGCAAAAAAGUCACCGAUCUAAACUGUGGCUACGCUAUCAGUAACAUAGCACGCUAUGAAGAGCGUCUGGAAGAUUUUCGAGAAGAAGAAAACCGUGUGCGUCUUCACCAGAAAGAAAAACAUUUUGUGUCGGAAUUGGUCAAGACGAUGCAUAUGCAGGCCAAGAAGACGAGCAGUCAGAGGGCAACGGAGAUCCUGGAAGAGUUGAUUCGAGUGGAGAGAAGUAGGGCGAAAACGUGGGACUCUACCUUGUUCCAUGGCCAUUCCCAGCGGUUCAAGCGCGCCGAGUACGUGAAGAUGCUGCGAGGUGAGAUCAAGAAGGAGAUUGCUGUUCAAAUCGACUACAGCAUUGCGCUCCGCCAAGGUCGCGUUAGUGAGAGUGACGUGCUACCAAUUGACACUCCAAUCGUUGAGUUGUCUGUAAAGGGGAAGAGAAAAGAAGACUCGAGAAUGGAUUUCCAAGCGCGAAAGUCUGCGCUGAUGGAGCCGAAAAGACUACAAGUGGUGCGAUUCAUGGGCGAUUACUGCAGUUUCAAAUCUCCAAUCGCCACCUCGGAAUUAUACCGGAAAGAAGCCUUAGUCUUGGGCGUAAGAUACGAAUGGCGUGAAGCACGGACGAAGCUCCACGUUAUGCACAAGCUUUGCGGGCCCUUGGAUGCCGAUAAUACGAUGAAGACUGAAUGGCUGCAGUUAGACAACGCCAACGCCGUUUUUUUAGCGAGUUCAUGUGUCCGAGCGCUUCGUCGAAAGCGGAAAGAAGAGGCCGAAGCGCGCGUUCUUGUAUUCGCGAAAGACUGCAAAAUUGAGCAGUUGCAACAAGAGACGAAGAGAAACGUCCAAGAAGAGAACGAAGCUGCGAUUCGAGAGGCCAAAGAGGACGAAAUACUGGCCCAGCAGAUGCAGAACGAACUUUCACGAAGAGAAAAGUUAUUUUACGCUGAUGCCAUUCGACUGACGACCUAUGAUGAGACGAUCUCGUCUCAAAUUGACUUCCAAGUGCAACGCACAUUAAAUGUGCAAGAAUCCAGCACAGUUGAGACCGAGCCCGUCGUCCAGGAAGUUAAAGAGAAUUUUGCCAAACAAUUCGUACAAGGAAAAUUGGCGUUAGUUAAGAAAACGUGGGAAAGAAAGACGAAACGAGUCAGCAACAAGAGAAUUAAGGCGAGAAAGGAGCGCGAGUUCAGGAUUCGACACGAGCAGGAGCUGCUGAACGAGGUCAACGAGUCGAAUGAGCUGCAAUUGGCUGCGUUGAAGAACGAUCAGGAGAAGCGCGCGAAGGAGGAAUUACUCCGUAUCCCGAAUUUUCAACUUGCUGUCGAGCAGAAAUUUCAAUGUGAACAUCUUGAGUUGAAAGCGUGGGGCACGAAAUAUGACUUUGGCUUGAAAUGUAAAAUUUGCGGGAAGGAAAUGUCAAAAUCUUACGACGAUCCAGACCACGCUCGAGGUGGAGAUGCGGAAUUGGAUGAAUAUGUUUUAAAACAUCGAGCACAGACCACAAGCGGCGUGGCGUUCCGAUUCCGAGACGCAGAUCAUCUCCAGAGAGUUGAGAAGGAGCGUCUUCGACUAGAGAAAGAAGCGCGAGCAAUAGAACAAGUCGAGUCGAUUCUAUACGACCGACUGGAUCCAAAAUCCAUCGACGACUUUAACUACCGACACGGCAUCAACCGCGGGACUCUACUGGACAACGUCGACAGUGCAGCUCCGUUGUACCCUCGACUGAUUCAGGAUAUUCACCGAGCGUCUCAUCAAGAUGAAAUUUUGUUCCAUGGACGAUUGCGAAAUUUCAACUUUCGCAUUCAGCAAAUCUUCCAUCAACACGCUCAAUGCACAGAUCGUCUCACGCUACAGGUAGAGUACCGAAAUUUCCUGGCAGAUGCCCAACAUGAAAAUGAGAUUGUCCUCAAUAAAUUGCCACUGAUCGAAGCUGAUCACGCUCGAGCCGAAGCUUUAAUCGCAGAAGACAAAGCAGCUGUGACAAGCUUGGAUGACGCGACCAAGAGACUAAAAGCUGCUCAGAAAGAGCGAGAGUCCGCGUAUUAUGCUAACGAAGGGGUGGAGGAAGAAGCCGAGUUCUCUGAGUCCCAUGCCCCCGCUCUAAUUAGAAGCAGCGAGGAGAUGAAUGCGGUGUAUCAACGACUCCAAAGCGAGCUUGAGUUUGUUAGGGAACAUUUGGGUCCAGCACAGACUCGACUGGACAAGGCUGAGACUCAACGAGACAAAGUGAAUGAGUUAGUGAAUCGUUUGUACUGUCAGACGCAGAACUCGACUCUACGGACCAGAUACGGAUUCGUUAGAGUCGAGUUCUAUCGCACACAAGACAGUUGUGUUGUGGUGACGCCGCUGCAUUGGGAAGCCACGAUAUUCCUCCCUAUCAAUGAGGUUUUAGCCUAUGAAGCCAUCUACAGAGAAGAAGAAACCAUUGCUAUGACACCAUCCAUAGAGAAGACGCAAGAGGAAUCACUGACGAAUGCGAUCUGUCAAGUCGAGUUGGAGUCGCAGUUGGAGUACGAGAUGCACGGACGCAAGGAAACGCUAGAAUCGGCUCGAAACGAGGCGAGGAGGCUUCAGAAACGCGGUCGAUUCUAUGCCUCUCGAGUCCGUAAACCACUCUCCCAACGUCCCAGUCGUCUGGACGCUAAGCGAGUCGCUCGAGCUAGUGAGAAACGCUUAGCGAUGGCUAUGAUCGAGCAGCGAUUACUAGCCAAAGAGCGACAACUACGAGAGCACAGCAAGCAAGAGCGUGACGUUAUCAGUGUGGAAUCUCUCGCCCAAGAAGUGUAUAGAGGGAUAUUAACAGAUACCAUCCAGGAUCUUGGCAGAGAGCACAUCCAGCAAAGCAGACACGAAGCUACAGAGCUGCUACGUGUCAAGGGAAGUGCCGUCGUAGCAGCACAUCAGAACCUCGCUCUAAGUAGCUCAGUGUGCCAGCUUCUAGGCUUCAACCGUCUGUGGAUCGCUCGCAAACAGAAAAAUUCUCUACUCUACUCCACGUGGAGACAAGAACACGCAAAGUUACAGUUAGUUCGAGAAGAGAUGGCGAGACGUCAAGAGCUCCGUCGUCUUGCUGAAGAAGAGCGGCUUCGACUGGAGACUCGACGCAGGGCGAUGCUAGCGGAAGAACGUCGGUGUCGUACGUUUUACGUGGAGGAAAUAGUGCUGUAUGUACAGGAGAGGAAAGCGAUGGCCAAUGCGGAGCUGGAGAUGAGGGAAUAUCUCCGUCUAGUGGAGCUGGAAGUCAUGAAGACGAAAUACGCGAAAAUGGUCGAAGACCGGACUCGAUUCAACGACAAAGCAGCUCGCAGACUGGAGAUCAAACAGGGCAAGAACGAGCAGCAUCGUCUCCAUCGAGAGUGGAGGCAGCUGAAGAGCGAAGACGAAUUAGCGAUGCAGAUCCGAGAGAGCGAACGCGCACAAGCUCUAGCUGCAGCGUUGGAGCGACAAUUCGACAAAUAUCUCGUGGAUCAGAUGGCUCAAGGUAAAAUUUCGGCUGAAAUGGAGGCCAGCGGACUGGCGGAUCGACUUCGGGAAGCUCAGCAAGUUGCGGCGCAGAAACAACGAGAGUUUAAGCUGAAAAUGACGCAGGAACGCAUGAUCGCGAGUGUCGAGACGUUUUACGCGCUCUCUCGUGCUGAAGUGGAGUGGAUGGACGCCAUAGAACGCGCUACCUUCUGGCAACAACGAGCGUCGCUUCUAGAAGAGAAUUUAACGCGCAUGGAGCCUGACCUCAAGCGAAUCAACGAAGAAAAGGAACAUGUCGUCAACGACGCACGGGCCAAGCGAGAAUACGCUGGCAAGUGUAAAAAGCGGAUCCAAGACGCAGAUUCGCGUCUUGCCGAGACGAUUCAUUACAAGGAACGCGCCAGAAUUAGGUACGAACGCGUACACCAACUCAACGCUACGAUCGACUCGGAAGUUCUCCACGGUCGGGUCCAACGCUUCCGUACCGAAUAUUUACGUGAUCGCUUGCAGUCUCAAUACUUCGCGAUGCUGACGGAUUCGCUCAUUCGACGAGCGCUGGUGGAGUGCAGUGAGCGAGAAAUUGGGCGUCUCGAGACGCGAAUUCGAGAAUUAGAACAGGAACGGGUCGUGAAAAGCAAAGAGGUGAGUGUACUGCAGAGGAAGAGACGACGAGCGAUGCGUAUGCGUCUUCGACGAGCGGAAUUGGGUCGAUUGAUGUUCGGUCGCUCUCAACGUCGACUACUGCAGGAAAUGUUCCAGCGAUGGACUAAAAUUUGGUCCGAACGUACACGAGUACGUGCGUCGUUCAAGCUCAAACAUGAAAUUCUGCUCCAGAAGCAGAAACUCGCAGCCACGACGAGCUCUCCGAUACUGAGGAAGCAGAGUCUGCUGCGUGCGAUUAAAGCUGUGAACAUUCCGACCAAACUCUCGAUCAUGCACGACCACCAGAAACGAAUUCUGCAGUGUCGACUGUGUCGUCAGAAGUACUCGGAGGAGCAGAAUAGUUGCUUCUCUUGUGUCUACCACACUGGAGCGUACGAGUUCGCCUGUGCACGAUCCUGUGCGACCCGACAGAGCGCGUCUGCUGCUGUCCCUGCGUCUUGUAUGAUGCACCGAGCCAAGCGUUGGCUAUGCUGCGAUGAGACGGAAGAAGGACGAUACGGCAGUUCAGGCUGUGCGAGACGCUUCCAUCUUCCCGUACGCAAUAAUCCAGAGCUGGAGAGUCUGGUGGAGACUAAGACAAGUCGAGAACUAACAAUUUUGGAUCAAAUCAACCAGCAAUUAUUGGAAUUAAGGGAACGAAACGUAGUAGGGAAGCUUAAAUUCGCAACCAAGUCAGCUGUGUCCAAGAUGGAGCUGCAGCUGGCCAAACAGCGAGCUACAGCUGCCAAGUUCCACACACUUCGCUAG